CAGGGACGAAUUCGUCAACGCCCGUGCCGUCGCCGACUCCAUGUCCGACGUCGUCCGAUCGUUCGACAGCGAAAAGACUCGAGAUUAUGCAUCUUUCUGGGUGUGUGAGCUUAGAGGAGCUUCCUGCCUCGGUGUUGGAUCUUUCGAAGUUGGAAACCCUCAAUGUGAGUGGCUGCAGCAGCCUAAAGUGGGACAACUUGGAAGAUUAUGUAAACGGCAUCCCAGAACUGAGUACUCGUCAUUCUGACAUCUUACCCAACCUGAAAUUUGUGGACCUAACCAUCACUCUGAUUCAAAUUAUCCCUAGUUUUAUCACUCACUCACCAGUUCUGGAAUUGGACUGCGCCGACUGCACCAAGUUGACCAAAUUUGAAGUCAUCCCAAGCAUGGAAAUAUUAGACUUGACUUAUAGUUUGAUUGAAGAGGUGGUGGAGUUGGAGAAGAUGAAGAAGUUGAAGCACCUCAACCUUUCACAAAACAAGCACCUUAUUCUCAUCUCUGGUGACUUCCCUGAGUCUGGUUCUCUGGAAAUGAUCAACCUGGAAAGUUACACCAAGUUGUCCCGCCUACUUAAUAGCAUUGGUAAUCUAGCGCAUCUGACAAGUCUUGAUCUAAGUUGCACAGCAUUGGAAGAGCUUCCAUCGUCCAUUGGAGAUCUCACCAGACUUUCGGAAUUGCUCUUCGUGGGAAAGCUCCUCCCGCGGACCUUUCCGUACACGGCGAAUGCAUGGAGAGGUUUCGAGCGGCGGUGGCCACUCCCGGCACGAGAACCAAGAGGUUCGUGUUCGAAGGCGGCAAGAUCGCGGCUCUCAGGCGGGGAAUCGAGGAGAGCAGCUGGCGGCAGCCGCUAGUUGCGGAGCUAAGAUUUGAAAUUUCUAAAAACUUAUCUGUAUUUCCAGAAUGGUGAGGUUGUGGGUUCGGAGGUGGCAAAUAAAUGUGUGAUAAUUUUUUUUUCGUUUUUUAUAAUUAUAAUUUUUUUUGUGAUAAUAAUGUGUAAUUUUUGAAAAUUAUUUUUUAUUUUUUAAUUAUUUUUUAUUUGCCACGUCACACAUUUAACAGUCAACUGUCAGAGUUGACCGCCACGUCAGUCAAAGUUAAAGGAGGUUAACGGAGAGUGACCGAACUUGAACUGUUCAACUAAUUCGAGUGACUAUAAAUGGAAUAAAUUAAUUUGAGUGGCAAACGUGAAAUUUUAUAGCAAUUCGAGUGACCAAACUUGCAAUUAAGCCUAUACGAAAUCAUCAGCAUAAACAAGGUCCAUCUCGAUUAGGGCAAGUCAAUAAUAUCAUACAGUAGUCCAUGAUUCAUCAUAUAACACAAAAGUUCAUACACUCUUAAUCAUGCCAUUCUAGUUCACCUAGAUCAAAUCUAAGCAUCAAUAUAAUUAUCGUGAUACGACCAACCCGGUAUGCCGUGCUAAUCCCUCACCAGUUCUGGUCGUUCAACACCGGUUCUAGCCUCCCGUACUAAAACGACAAUUUCACAAACGAACCCCGAAUCAAAAUCCGAGACCGUUCCUGACCGGAGUUAAAUUCAGCGAUCUCGGCUCCGAUCUCAAUAAUAGCCGAAAUUCAUGGAUUAGAACUAGAGGAUUGAUUACCUCGCUGCAGGAAGCUCGUAUAUGAAAUUUGGGCUCAAUCCAGCUUCCGGAUACUCCGAAACCCUAAUUUAGCUUAUCGGGAAUUCAAGAAAUUCCUGAACCAAAAACUCGUUUUAAAGCUCUAAAUCGAUAAAUCACGAUGUAUAGAUGAAUUAGGCAUUACUUACCUAAUUUUUGGAUCACUGGGCUCAAGAAUUUGAGCUUGGAGAAUUUCCUGCUCCCUCUCCCCUGUGCGCCCUGUGCUCUCGGUUUCUCUCGGCCGGAAAAGAAAGAAGAAGAAUUGGAAUGUGAUGGGGAUGGAAAUGGACGGGUAACUUAUAUAUGGCCGCUUAUUAAUAUAUAUAUAUAUAUAUAAAUGGGGAGUUCUACGGUACCCAGGGUGAAAUCCUGGUUACCGCAUACCUUGAGUAAGAAAACACUAUCAUGAACUUGAAUUGACUGAUCUUUCGGACAUGAUACUAUACUCUAACCCUUAAAGAUCAAAAUCUAGGUCUUAACUCUCUAAAUCUUAUACCCCAAGAUCAAUUUAAUUAGAAAAAAUAAUUGACGGUUAUGAUUCGUCCAAAUAUAGGCAAAAAAAUCAAUGCACCAUCUUAGGGUUUAUAGUUUAUGAUUUAUAUAAUUAUGACCUAGGAUUCACUAAUUAAGGGUUAGAGUAUAGUAUCAUGCCCAAAAAUCCUGCUAAUUCGAGGUCUAGAUAGCGUUUUCAUACUCAAGGUAAGCGGUACCCCGAAUUUCACCCGGGUUAUCGUAGAAGGCCCCAUAUAAGAUUUAGAGAGUUAAGACCUAGAUUUUGAUCUUUAAGGGUUAGAGUAUAGUAUCAUGUCCGAAAGAUCAGUCAAUUCAAGUUGAUGAUAGUGUUUUCUUACUCAAGGUAUGCGGUAACCUGGAUUUCACCCUGGGUACCGUAGAACUCGCCAUAAAUAUUAUAUAAUAUAUAUAUGGGUGGUUCUAUCGUACCUUGGGUAAAAUCUAGGGUACGAUAUACCUUGAGCAAGAAAACACUAUCUGGACCUCGAAUUGACGAAAGUUUGACAUCCGAUACUAUUCCCAAACCCUUAAAGAUUAAAAUCUAGGUAUUAAUUCUAUAAAUCUCAUAUAUCAAGAUCAAUUUAAUUAGAAACAAAAAUCGACGGUCAUGAUUCGUCGAAAUAUAUGCAACAAAUUACAUGCACAAUCUUAGGGGUCAGGCUCUAUUAUUAUGAAAACUAAGACCUAGGGUUCACUCAUCAUAGGUUAGGGUAUAGUAUCAUGCCCAAAAAUCUGGUUAAUUAGAGAUCUAGAUAGCGUUUUUUACUCAGGGUAUGUCGUACCCUAAAUUUUACCAAAGGUACAAUAGAAGCCACCAUAUAUAUAUAUAUAUAUAUAUAUAUAUAUAUAUAUAUAAAUAUUAAUACGUAUACUUAUCCGAUCGAUCGAUAAUCAGAUUUUCGCCAAAAUACUAUCAAAACGCUCGAUUUUAAAUCGCGAACUUUCUAGCGAUCGAAAUAUGGGUUUUUACGGAACGGGAUGUUACAAUUCUUAGCAACCCAAAGAUCCCUUAAGUAACUAUGUAACACCUUAGGCAAAUCCCACAUCGACAAAGCACGGGAGAGAUCCAUGGUUCAUAAGUAGGAAACCGGCCUUAACUGACAAGACGCGUUUUGGGGUGUAAUGGAAGAGUUCUUGUGAGAACUCCGAAGUUAAACGUGCUCACUGUGGAGUACAUCAAGGAAGGGUGACCUUAUGGGAAGUCACCUUAAAUUGCACCCCAAGUCGAAAUCCGUGCGGGUGUAGAGGCCCAAAGCGGACAGUAUCUUGUCGGGAAAAGGUUCGGGAUGUUACAAGUGGUAUCAGAGCCUCUCCGCGUCCCUCUUGAACGAUGGUGGGGCAAACCUCAACGAGGACGUUGAGUCCCGAGGGGGGGGGGGUUGUAUGUAACACCUUAGGCGAAUCCCACAUCGACAAAGCACGGGAGAGAUCCAUGGUUCAUAUGUAGGAAACCGACCUUAAUUGACAAGACGCGUUUUGGGGUGAAACGGAUGAGUUCUUAUGAGAACCCCGAAGUUAAACGUGCUUAGUGUGGAGUACAACAAGGAUGGGUAACCUUAUGAGAAGUCACCUUGAAUUGCACCCCAAGUCAAAAUCCGUGCGUUUUGGGGUGAAACGGAUGAGUUCUUGUGAGAACCCCGAAGUUAAAAGUGCUUAGUGUGGAGUACAACAAGGAUGGGUAACCUUAUGAGAAGUCACCUUGAAUUGCACCCCAAGUCAAAAUCCGUGCGUUUUGGGGUGAAACGGAUGAGUUCUUGUGAGAACCCCGAAGUUAAACGUGCUUAGUGUGGAGUACAACAAGGAUGGGUAACCUUAUGAGAAGUCACCUUGAAAGCACCCCAAGUCAAAAUCCGUGCGGGUGUAGAGGCCCAUAGCGGACAGUAUCUUGUCGGGAAAAGGUUCGGGGUGUUACAAGUGGUAUCAGAGCCUCUCUGCAUCCCUCUUGAACGAUGGUGGGGCAAACCUCAACAAGGCCGUUGAGUCCCAAGGGGGGGGGGGAUAUGUAACACCUUAGGCAAAUCCCAUAUCGACAAAGCACGUGAGAGAUCCAUGGUUCAUAAGUAGGAAACCGGCCUUAACCGACAAGAGGCGUUUUGGGGUGUAAUGGAAGAGUUCUUGUGAGAACUCCGAAGUUAAACGUGCUCAGUGUGGAGUACAUCAAUGAUGGGUGAAUUUAUGGGAAGUCACCUUGAAUUGCACCCCAAUUCGAAAUCCGUGCGGGUGUAGAGGCCCAAAGCGGACAGUAUCUUGUCGGGAAAAGGUUCAGGAUGUUACAAUAUGUGUAUAUGUUGUGUAACUGUGUUAAUUGUGACGAUUAUGGUAUGUAUAAGUAUGGUAUGCAGUCGUGGAGUAUGAAAAGUGUGACUAUGGCUAAGAAAAGCCAAUGCAUAUGGUUGUGAGUAUAUAUGUUUGUGAUGAAUUAUUUUGCAGGAUAAGUUGCAAGAACUGUUACCCAUUACGCGAGUAAUUCAUGUCGAAAUUUUAUUUGGGUAAAUUUUGAUAAUUAAUGUAACACCCGAGAUUAAUUCCGCUGUAAUUGCAUGAACAAUAUGAUUAGGCAAAGCGUAUAGGGUAGGGUGUUACAAAAUACAUACAAAUUGUAUACUAAUUAGGGGUAGAUGAAGAAGGUAAAGAAAGAAAUAAAGAAAGAGUUAUGGAAGAUGAGUGAAAAAUGAAAUAAAGAGGAAGUAGAUGAUGGAAAGGUUUUGACCAAUUCUUUUAGUUAGCCGUCAAUACAACAUUCAACAAUCUUCACCGUAGCAAUUUAUUGACACUUGCUAAUGUAGAUGUCGUCUAUUUUGUUACAUUUAGUUAGUAGAAAUUUGUUUAGUACCCCGUAAAUGUACUAAAUAAGUUUAUAAAAUCGCUCUUACAAUAUAUUAGAGUCGUCUCUCCUUUAUCAUUUAUUUAAUAUUUCAUGUAAUGAGCAAAUAUAAAAUGGUCGAAUCUUCUCCUACAGUUGAGUGAUACAGCAUCUUGUAUGGUACAAACUAAUUUUUUUUUUGUUAUGGUGGAUUGGAUUCAUGGAUUGAUUCAAAAGAAUUGGUGGAUUGGAUUCAUGGAUUCAAGUGAAAUCUAAACAUUGAACCAAUAUGUAAAUUUACAAAAAUUGUAGGUACCAAAAUCUCAUAAAAUUUAGAUACCAAAAUAUAAUUGUUCAAUGAUUUUACAUUAAAAUUAAAUUGGGGUAUCAAAAUAUAAAAUGUGUAUUAUAGUGACUAAAUUGUAAUUUAAUUAAAUUUGGGGUAUCAAAAUGUAAAAUGCACAACUGCCCAAUCAGCUUGCAAGUUUAGGCAACAGUAUACCAACUUCAAGUUUAUAUAUAUUAAUGAUUCUCGUCUACAACCUUAAUCGUAUGUCAUGAGACAUUUAUCUAUUCUAGGUUAAUUUGUCAACUAAACACCAACAUAAGGAUUUUAGACUUCUUGAUAUAUAAGCCAGAAGAAUUGCAUUUCAUUACAAAGGAAGUGUUGAUCAGGUUUAUGAAUGAAAAAAGGAUGCAAUAUUUUGGUAUUGUCCAAAUCCAAUUUAUUAUGAGUAAAAUUAAGUAUUAGUAAUUUUAUAUUUGGGCAACACCAAAACCCAAUUUUUUCGUUUGGGUUUAAUUGGACUCAUAUUGUUGGAAGUCCGAGAGAGAAUUGCUACAUGAUUAUAAUAUGCUUUUUGUCUUAUUUUUUGUUAUGAAACAAAUAGAAAGACGAAAACACAUACAUUAAAGGUGUAUAAUUUGAUUGUAGAUAGUUAGUGAACAAUUUUGCUAUGAUGCCCAUAGCGUUUUUAAUGUGCAUGUGCUCAAAGAGCACUCAUUGGACCACGUUGCCCAAGCUGAAUUUGUGUGGCCAGGAAUUGCUGGCCUAGGGUGGCCUAAAGAGAAGAGCGGAGAUGUCAAGGGGAAUUGAGCCGAGGGAAGGGCGGCUGGAUUUGGUGGAGUCGGCAGUUGGAAAUUUGAAACUUGAUUUUUUUUUUUUUGAAAAUUGAGAAAAAAGAUCCUUAACUGUCCACUCCAACCGUCCUCCACUCCUCUCUUUCUUUCUCUCCUUUACCCACAAACCACCCACAAAGAUUUCAAACGACGAGGAAAGAGGUAGGCGACCGACGACCAUGAAUUUCCAGGAGGAAGGCGACAACGAGGAAGGAGGCGAUGAGAAAGAGGUCGACCAAGAAAGCUUUGGCAAGGAAGAUCGAUCCAUCGAGUUCUCCCUAGUUCGGUCGAAGAACGAUUGGUUACCACCGAUGAAGAAUCUCCCUCUGUCCCUCGCUUUCUCAGUAUGGUUUUUUCCCUUCAAUUGAAUUUUCUAGAUUUCUCUUGGGGUGUUUAGGGUUUCCUGAAUACGAGUUUGAGGUUUUUCUGGUAAAAUUAAAGAUUGAGUCAAAAUGAAGUGUCUGCUUUAUAAUAUGAAUUGUUUGGAGUUGAGGGAAUGUUUAGUUUACUAUGGGUUUGGCUUCUUGCUUAGAGUUAGAAUCACUAGAAGUAAUUGAAUCCAAUGAUUUUUGUGUUCUAGGUAUACCUGGUUAGGUGGUAGUUGUUUCCUGAAUCCUCCAUUGGGUUGAAUACUACUUGUAUGGUAGUUGAUUACUACCUUUGUGUAUAGAGUUUUCAGAAUACUAAUUAUGUGGAUUACGAAUAUUGGUAGUGAUGUUUUUAUGUACUACUGGGUGUUUACUUUCGUGAAUAAUAGUUAUGUUCAUUUUGAAUAGAGUAAAUAAUAGCAUUUUAU